UCAAUUAAGGUUUGAUAGAGAAGACCGCAGGGAGGAAAGAAACAGGGGAAAUAAGACAACCAAAAUCAGAAGCAGCGAAACUGAUAAUCCCAGGUCAUAUACACUCUUGUAUUUCUUCUCAACUUCCAUGGCCAUCCUCACUGAAUUACCAGAAGAACAAGAAGCGGCAGUAACAUAUGAUGUUUUCCUGAGUUUCAGAGGGAAAGACACUCGACUAGGUUUUAUGGAUCAUCUCUACCAAGCUUUGGUGAACGAAAACAUCUCUACCUUUCUUGAUGAGGAAGAGGUUGAAAUUGGGGAAGAACUUAAACCCGAGCUUGCAAGAGCUAUAAAAAGCUCUCGUGCUUCGAUAAUCGUCUUGUCUAAGAACUACGCAUCUUCAACAUGGUGUCUGGAUGAGCUGGUGAUGAUCCUUGAGCAACGAAGGGUCUCUGACCAUUUUGUUCUCCCCAUUUUUUACAGCGUCGAGCCGACAAAUAUCAGGAAGCAAGAAAGCACUUUUGGAGAAGCGUUAUUUGAACACAAACAGAGGAUUGAGUCCGAAAAGGAUGUGGAGAAGAAAACUCAAGGUGCUCGCAAGUUGGAGAUGUGGACGAAAGGACUUACAGAGAUUGCUGAUUUGAAAGGAAAAGAUGCAACUGGAAGAAGAGAAACGGUGGUGAUUGAAGAAGUCGUGAAAGAAAUUAGUACUAGACUGGAACUACACUUGCAAAGGAGAAUGAGAAUCCCACACCUAAUUGGGAUGGGGGAUUCUAUUUAUACCAUCAGUUCCUGGUUAAAAAGAGGAUCUUCUGAAAUUCUCACAAUUUGUGGAAUGCCAGGGAUCGGAAAAACAGCAUUGGCAAAACAUAUGUAUAUGUUGCAGUGCCAUGAAUUUGAAACAAGUAGCUUUGUUGAAGGCAUUGGAAGAAGAUGUGAACAACAGACAUGUUUGCUACUAGAUUUACAAAAACAGCUUCUUGGAGACAUUCUCAAGAAAAAAAAUGUUGAAGAAAAUAAUGCAGAUCUGUGCACAUCUAAGGUUGAAAAGGCAUUAUCUAGGAAAAAGACACUUUUAGUUCUUGAUGAUGUUGAUAACUUUGAGCAACUGGAUGUGUUGAUUGGAACAAAAGGUUUUCAUCCAGGAAGCAAGAUUAUAGUAACAACCAAAGAUGGCUCCUUAACAGAAAAGUGUUCAUUGUUUCGUAUGAAAUUUCCUCCAAAACAUACAAAGCUUGCACUUCAUGGCUUAAGUGACACUGCAUCUAUGAGACUUUUAUGUUGGCAAGCAUUUGGAAACAAUGAUCCCAAGAAAGGUUAUGAGAAAGAAGCACAACAGCUUGCAGAGUAUUGUGGAGGACAUCCAUUGGCUCUUAAAGUUUUGGGUAGUUCAUUAAUUAAUAAAGAUGCAUCCAUAUGGAGUGAUGUCCUUCAAAUGUUGGAGGCAAAAGUAUAUUUAACUGAUGUACAAGAGAGUGUACAAAAGGCUCUGCAAAUUAGCUUUGAUUCUUUAUCAGGGGACUGCAAAGAACUUUUUAAGCACAUUGCUUGCUUUUUUGUUGGAAAAGAAAGAGAAGUUACAGAAACAAUAUUAAGGGAAUGAGGGUUUCCAACAUCAUAUGGGAUCACUGAGCUCAUUGAUAGAUGUCUUCUCACGAUUGGAGGAAGAAAUGAGUUGAGGAUGCAUCAAUUGCUUCAAGAGAUGGGGAGAGAUUUAGUCCGCAAAGAAUCACCUGAAAAGCCAUGGAAGCGUAGUCGAGUAUGGAAACAUGAGGAGUCCCUCGAUUUGUUGAAAAAGGACAAGGGUACCCAAAGAAUUCGAGGUCUUAUCCUUGACACGAACUUAUUGAGAAAGGAGCAUAACUUCAAAGAUGAUGACGUGAACAAGAGUUUUAGAGCUGAUCAACCAAUCCAGAUUGUAUGCAUUAAGAAAGAUGGAUAAGCUAAAGCUGCUCCAACUCAAUCAUGUCAAAAUCGACGGAUCUUACAAGAAUUUUCCAGAAGGUUUAAGGUGGUUAUGCAUGCAUGGAUUCCAUUCAAAAUUCAUACCUUCGG